AUGCCCCCUAUCCCAACACGCACCCACCGCGUUCACUCGUCCCAGCGCAACCGCAUGUCGUCGACGCCCACUUCUGCCGCCCGCAAACGAUACGCCAUCCCUCCCGGGAGCCCUGAGAUUAUUUCCAGCCUCAUCACCAGCCUUAGCGCCAUCGCUGAGCCUGCCAACCACCACUUCGACACCGGCCUGACCUCAGCAACUCUUUCCCUGCCAACGAGCCCAAACUCUGGCCCAAGCCGCCACAGCUCUCGCUCUAGGCGCGGCUCUGGUAGUUUUGGCGUUGACUACGGGGCAUACAAACAGCCUUCCUUUCACGAGGAGCACGGCGGCCCUAUUUGUCUCGACGAGCUUGCGGCCAGCCCACCUGUUAUCCGCACAUCCAAGCCCCCGAGCGGCUUUUCACCUCUGACCGCGCCGCAAAGCCCUCGAAGCCACCGAAGUACAAGUCGAGAAAGCGGAUUCAGAUCCUUUAUACGUAGCGCCGCAAGCUCUCGCCCCUCGUCUACGGGCUCGUUUGCGUCCAAGAAUGAUGAUGCUCGCAGCAUCGGAAAUCUUUCUGUAGAACGUGGCUCUGCGCCUCACCCGGAGCUACGCCCACGCCGGUCUCUCGAUAGCUGGGGGAAAAAGUCGAAUCGCAGCAGCAGAGUGCUUAGCUAUAUGGGCUCUAGAGAACACCUUCGCGAGCCCCAGAUUGACAGGAGACGUGCCUCUUCUACCCCAAUAGUUGGCGGUACCGCGACAGGAGGAGGUAGCAUUCACAGCGGAAGCAAGGUAGAGCAUUUCUUUGGAGAGAGCUCUAUCAGCGAGGAACCAACAGCGGUUACUACCGACGAUAAUCUGCUUGGAGACGGCCUGCAUCAUAUUCCAGCUCGCGAUUCAAGUCUGCGCAAUUCGAGCUCAAGUAGAAGGAGAUCCAGUGUUCGACGGCCAAUAAAGGACGUUGAAGGAUUUGCUGGGGACAAGGUUCUUGAAACUGCCGAGUCCGGCUACGGUCGUGACUUUGCGAAAAUGAAGCAUCGCCGCUCUGACUCGGAUACCAAUAAGUCGUCUUUAUACGACGUCGAAGAGAAUUCCACUCGAAAACCGAAGCAGAGAGCGUCUAGCAGCUAUCUGAGCGCGAAUUACAUCGCGGAAGAGAGAACAGAUGAGCUCGAAGACGACGGCGCUCCCUUCCCUUCAGUUUCGCAGGGGCGUCGACGAGAUGAGCUUGAUCGCAAAGACCAACGUCUUUCUAGCCAGACAACCCCUGGCCCUAACGAUGCCCUUCGACUGAAGCGCAGCAGCUCUAGAUUAAAGCGCCUCUCAGUACCUCUCAUUCCUCAGGAGAACAAACGCCUGAAUGAUGAGUCCACCCCGAAUAAUAGGCCCACGGGCUAUGAGAGACCCCAAUCUGCUGAUUCUGUUGAUGAUGCUGUCGAAUCUUACCUAUGCUCGCCGCGCCUGUCUCAAAAGAUUCGCCAUCCCGAAACUGGCCGAGUUAUCUCGUUUGCUGAAGUUGGAGACCCUGAAGGCAGCGUAGUCUUUUGUUGUGUAGGGAUGGGCUUGACGAGAUAUAUCACUGCGUUUUAUGAUGAGUUGGCGUUGACGCUGAAGCUCCGUCUUAUUACCCCUGAUCGACCAGGUGUGGGAGACAGUGAGCCUUAUGCUGACGGAACGAGUACACCUCUCAGCUGGCCUGAUGACGUGUACGCAAUCUGCCAAACUUUGAGAAUCAGCAAAUUCUCUCUAAUGGCUCAUUCGGCUGGAGCCAUCUAUGCUCUGGCCACGGCUCUUCGCAUGCCUCAGCAUAUCCGAGGAAAAAUCCAUCUGCUUGCGCCGUGGAUCCCGCCUUCUCAAAUGAAUGUUUUCGGGUCAUCAUCGCUAAUGCCACCAUCACACACUCUUCCAACAGCUCAAAGAAUCCUACGAGUCUUGCCAACGUCUUUCCUAAAGGCGGCUAACAGCAGUUUCAUGUCGGCAACCAGCUCGUCAAUUACAAGCUCUUUACCAAAGAAUCCCCGCAAAUCUAAACGCAAAACGGGCCACAAAGAUGGUAGUAGCAGAAAUGCUACACCGUCUGCAGACAAGGAAAACAUCAACAAUCAUGCAGCGGGCGGCAAGGACUCAGAUGGCACUCUGGUCAAUCAAGAAGACCAGGCAUCCCCCAAUACCAAAGAAGGCGUGGACACGACAGUACCUCGGCCUACAACUAGCAACGGCCUGUCCCAUUCGCCUCCAGCUUUUGAUCCUCUCGCCGAUAAAGAACGGCAACAAUCUUAUGACAUACGGCUAACACAUGCGAUCUGGGAUCUUGCCACGACGAACGCGAAUCCAGCUGUGGACCUGCUUGUUUGUCUCGAAAGACGGCAUACUAUUGGCUUCCGGUAUGUCGACAUCACUCGACCUGUGAUUAUUCGUCACGGUAGCGGAGAUACUCGGGUGCCUGUUGAGAACGUCAAAUGGUUGGGCAAGAUCAUGAAGCGAUGUGAAGUCCGGGUACUCGAAGGAGAGGGCCACGGAUUGAUGGCCAGCGCCACAGUGAUGGGUUCCGUCUUGAUGGAGAUAAGCAAAGAAUGGGAAGACUGGGAGAGAGCAACGAGGAGUGCGGGAAGCAAAGAACGCGAAAGAGGACGACGAGGAGCCCCCGGAAAAUGA